UCUUUGCAGUAGUACACUAUUGGUCAGAAAAUUCCUGAACGCUCACGCGCAUCAGCCGGUGCACCUACCUUCUUACCGCAUGCUGCCGCUCAGUUACAUGGAAGAAGAGCAAGGGUGGAUCAUCAUCAUCCACUGACCGAAGCCCACUGUAGCCGCUGUUUUAUUUCCACACUGAGCCAAGUUCCUCUCUGUAAUCGCCGUACUCCACGCUGUUCUGUUAGCCGCUAAAGAUGUCAGUCGUCGGGUUUGACGUUGGAUUCAUGAAUUGCUAUGUAGCCGUAGCCAGAGCCGGUGGGAUUGAAACAGUCGCUAACGAAUACAGCGACCGAUGCACACCAGCAUUUGUUUCUUACGGGCCUCGGAAUCGCUCGAUUGGAGCAGCUGCAAAAAGCCAGAUCGUCACAAACUGCAAGAACACAGUCCAAGGGUUCAAGAGGUUUCAUGGCAGGGCAUUUUCAGAUCCGUAUGUGCAGCGUGUCAAAAACAGCUUGGUGUAUGAUAUUGUGCAAAUGCCCACAGGGACAGCUGGCAUCAAGGUGAUGUACAUGGAGGAGGAGAAGGUGUUCAGCAUUGAACAGGUCACUGCUAUGCUGCUGACCAAGCUGAAGGAGACGGCAGAGAGUGCAUUGAAGAAGCCUGUGGCCGACUGUGUUGUGUCUGUAAGUAUCAACAUGCUGCUGCUACAGUUCUGA